UUACCAUUUCUGUUUCUUAAGUUUAAUCGUGCAUCAGUAUUGUUUUGUUAGAGUGGACCUAAAUUGUAAUUAAAUUAAAAUUUUCUCAAUAUAGUGCCUUAGCGAACGCGGGUGGCGGCUUUAGUCAUGAUGAUGUCGAGAAGUGGUCGGAUCAGCAUGCUGCUGGAGGCAGCACGGGUGAUGGAGGAGGCUGAACGAUUGCUACAUGUUCAUGUUAAAGAGGAAACAGUUGAGAUAGAAGACACAUCAACAUCAAACGGGGAGCCAUGGGAGGACACCGGAGCCCUGACCGGGGUGUCAUGGGAGAACACCAGUGCCCUGACCGAGGUGUCAUGGGAGAACACCGCUGCCCUGACCGAGGUGGCAACAGCGCAGGAUGACCCAAAUGCUGAUGAUGAGGUCAAAGAUGACCUUGAGUUGGGUCCAGUGCGGCUGGUGCGGCCCGUCGUAGCGUACGCCAUUAGUGCUGCAAUAGAAGAAGCGCGAGCCGUUGCAGCCGGGCAACAACCAGCUGAACAACAACCAGCUGACCAACAACCAGCCCCCUCACAACAACCAGCUCCCGUACUACAUCCCCUUGAACAACAACCUCCUGCACCACCCACUGAACAACAACCUCCUGCACCACCCACUGAACAACAACCUCCUGCACCACCCACUGAACAACAACCUCCUGCACCACCCACUGAACAACAAAGUCCAGAGCAAGCUAGCGAAAAACAACUUGAACUUAGAGACUGCCCCGUCAGGCCUGAACUCAUUCCUAACCCCGAAGCACCUUCCACUAGCAAUGAAUGUCAGGAAACCGACCAUGGGGAGACUCCAACAACUGAUAAAAAAGCAAACUUAGAAAAAGAAGUAAAUAGUGCCCCUGAAGCCAAUAUGAUUGAAUACACCGUUGAAGUUAGCAUAGAAAAUCAAAUGGAAGAUGAAAAACAGUCUGAUGAUGAAUUAAAACUCAUUUAUGAAGAUGAUAUUCUUGAAGAUUCUCAAGAAAUGCCCCCAGAAAUAAACAGGGAAGAAAAAGAAAACCCAUAUAGUUGUGAUAUAUGUAAGAAAAAGUUUGAGUUGAAGAUGGAUUUGAUAGAACAUGUUAUGAUACAUAUACACAUGGAGGAAGAAGACAAAUAUGAUGUUGACGACGUGUCAAGCACGGAAGACAAGGAUUAUGUGAAUGAAACUAGGACAAGUAUAGAAAUUGAAGAAGAGAAGAUUGAUAUUGUAGAGAAUAUGCCUAACACAGAGACAGAAGACAAAGGCAAUGUUGUUGAAGUCUUGCCAGGCAUCGAGCAUGAUGUGGCUAUAAUUAUGCAAAGCUUGGAACAAGACGAGGACAAGAAUGAUGUUGAAAUCAUGCCAACAGAACAGGAAGACAAAGACGAUGUUGAGACCAUACCAAGUACGGAGCAUAAUGUUGAAGUCCUGCCAAGUACGGAGCAUAAUGUUGAAGUCCUGCCAAGUACGGAGCAUAAUGUUGAAGUCCUGCCAAGCAUAGACCACGAUGUUGCUGUAAUAAUGCAAAGUAUGGUAGAAGAUGAGGAUAAGCAAGAUGUUGAAAUCCUGCCAAGUACAGAGCAUAAUGUUGAAGUCCUGCCAAGCAUAGACCACGAUGUCGCUGUAAUAAUGCAAAGUAUGGAACAAGAUGAGGACAAGCAUGAUGUUGAAAUCCUGCCAAGUACAGAGCAUGAAGUUGAAAUCCUGCCAAGUACAGAGCAAAAUGCUGAAAUCCUGCAAAGCAUAGACAACGAUGUUGAUGUAAUCAUGCAAAGCAUGGAACAACAAGACGACAAGCAUGAUGUCGAAAUCGUACCUAAUAUGGCGCAUGAUGUUGAAAUCAUGCCAAGCACAACACAGGAUGACAAAGAUGACGUUAUCGAAAUCAUGCCAAGUACAGAACGGGAACAGGCAGAUGUUGAAAUCGUGCCAAGUACGGAACAGGAACAGGAAGAUGUUGAAAUGGUGCCAAGUACAGAUAAUAAGCAUGAUGUUGAAAUCGUUCCGCACAAACAAGGGGAUAAAGGCAAUUUAAUCGAAACAUUGCCAAGUAAAGAGCCGGAGGAGAAGCCUGAAAUUAUAGAUCUUGCUGAUGAUCCUGAAAUUAUUGACCUUGUUGAUGAUGAUGAUGAUGAUGGAGACGUAGAGAAUAGGCCAAGUGUGGAGAUUGCAGUGGAAAACCCUGUUGAGAAUGAACAACCAAGCCUCUCGCUGCAUAAGUUCGUGCCGCGUGACUGCUUCGUAAGGCUAGACCGUUGCGACAUCUCGCGCUACAUAAUAACAGUUCGAAAGCCCGCCAAAACCCCCAGCGCACCUCCCGAAACUAACCCCAAAGACACCGACAAACACCAACAUAGUAACACAAACACAUACGACUGCGACACAUGCGGCAGAUCAUAUAGGCAGAAACGUCAUCUCAAAAGACAUGUCAAAAUGCAUUUGCGGACACAAUUUAAAAAGCCAAAGAAACGAAAAGAUUUCAAAGAACCGAUAUACCCUUGUGUAAUAUGCGACAAAAAGUUCACGCGACCAUAUUCGUUAAAGAUGCAUGAAAGAAUUCACACAGGGUUGAAGCCAUACUCCUGUGAAUACUGUGAUAAACAAUUCGCAGUUUUAGGAUGCUAUGAAAUACAUAAACGCGUCCAUACAGGUGUAAGACCGUACUCUUGCAAGUUGUGUAAAAAAACGUUCACGCAAUUCGGCCAUUUGAGGACGCAUCAACGAAGCCACACCGGAGAGAAGCCUUAUUCCUGCGAAAUAUGCAAGAAGAGUUUUACGCGCUCCACUCAAUUAACAACACAUAUGCGGAUACACACCGGUGAGAAGCCGUACUCAUGUGAGACAUGCCAGCGACAGUUCAAAGAACAGAGCAUUUUAAAAAUGCAUAUAAGAAUACAUACAGGGGAGAAGCCAUACUCUUGUGAUGUAUGUAAAAAAUGUUUCUCGCAAUCAAGCGCUUUAAAAGUGCAUAAACGAAUACACACCGGUGAGAGGCCUUAUGGUUGCGAAACAUGUCAAAAGCGGUUCGCAGAUUUGAGUACAUUAAAGGCACAUAAGCGUAUACACACAGGGGAAAAACCGUACUCCUGUAAGAUGUGCAAUAAGGCGUUUACUCAAUUGGCUAAUUUAAGGAUGCAUGAGUGGCGAAACUCGUGUACAAAAAAAGAUGAAGCUGUUAUUAAGCCUUUCCCCUGAAAGACUGAACUGUGUUCUCAUUGUUGUUAAUGCAAUUUUUUACUGUUUUUAUUAUCAAUCAAUGUUAACCUGGCCAACUUGUCAAAAAAAACUUGCUUUUAUUUUAAUAGGCUGUUUUUUUAUUCUUCUUGUUAAAUAUGAAUUUUGAACAUUAUAAAAAGGUACUAUUGCCGCUUUGCUUCUCACUAUCAACGAAUGUAUUUAACAACGUUAUUCACUGCCGAUAACAUUGUAU